AUGUACGAUUUCAGUAAACAAGUCGAUGGGCGCCCGCUUAGGAUCGAGCGGUUAGAUUUCGUCCCCAGCCCAUUUACGGCUCAAUUCAGAAACAGCCACAAGCUCUCUCACAAAGAAGGCUCAGAGAAUUUGUACGCUAGGUUGAGCGAAUUAGCUUUGUCGCCUCCACAGGGACGCAACCUGCAAGGAAUCCAGACUCUAUAUCUUGGUGAAUCAUGGCUUUUGACCUAUGUGGUCCAAAAGGUUAUCAAUGCCGAGACAGAAUCCGACUCCAGCUCGCCAGCAACUCUUCAGGUUCCUCUGCCGCCCUCGGUCGGCGACAAGCCUGAGAACCUUGGUUACGAAACCAGACUUGAUCCCGAGGAAAUUGAAAUCCUCAACAUCAGAGGCGCUUUCAUCCUACCGGAGAAAGAAGUGUCUGAUAGACUCAUCCAAACUUUCUUUGAGUGUGUCUAUCCUGCGUUUCCGAUCUUUGACAGGGAAGAGUUUGCACAGCUUUACGAGUCAGGCCAACAAUCUCUACUUAUAUUGAAUUCCAUAUACGCCAUGGCGAGCACUCUUUGUGAAGACGAUGUCAUCGCUAAAGCUGGGUUUGAAAGUCGCAACGUUGCACGCAAGGUAUUCCUCAAGCGUGCCAAAGCUCUUUACGAUGCAGAUCAUGAGACGAAUAAGAUUUGUUUAGUUCAAGCGGUCUUCUUACUCAGCUUUCUGUGGAACGGCUCAACGGACGAGAAGGAUAUGGCCUACUGGCUAUCAAUUGCGAUUGGAAAUGCUCAAGGAAAGGGCAUGCAUAGAUCAACAACCAAUUCCACUCUAAGGCCUAGAGACCGUCGGCUCUGGAAAAGGAUUUGGUGGUCGCUAUAUGUCCGGGAUCGUCAUUGCUCUGUAAACAUUGGCCGACCGAUGCGUAUCCGUGACGACGAUUACGACGUCGAGCCUUUGGAAGAGUUGGACUUCGAAGAUGAUUUCUCGCAAAGCGCCUCUGUGUCAACAAUCUAUGGGCGAACUAGGAGGAUCCACGCCCUUUACGUGAUUUACAUGAGCAAGCUCUCAAUGAUUUUUGGCGACAUCAAUUUGACAAAGUUCCCCACCUGCAAAGCGAGGCCAACAUUGAGCUGUGAGGAAUUAAGCAGUCAAUUAAUGAAAUGGCGGCAGCAACUGCCACCAGAGCUCCAAAAUUGGGAGGAUGAAGAAGGCAGUUUCUGGGCUAGGAUGCUGGAAUUGACCUACAACCAGCACCUAAUCGUCCUUCACCGACCCGAAAAUAGCAAAAUGCUUGAUGACAAAAAGUUGGCCCAAUCAACGGCAUUCAUGGCCGCCAAAAAUAUCACCAGCCUUUGCGAUGAUUUUCUAGCUCUAGGACUUCUUCGAAAGUCCCAGCUGCAAAUAUGCCCUAGUCUCUUCUCCGCACUCUCGAUGUAUGUGCUCAUGGUGCAACACUCUGACCAGAUUCAACGGAAACUUGCCGAACACAAAUCUCGUCUCCUACUGCUUGCUUGUGGCGAGAUCGCAAAGACCUGGCCUGCUUGCGGCUGGAUCUUGCGGCUUUUCGAGACGAUAUUCAAGAAUCUGGAAGAGAAAUACAGCGGGCAGGGUACUGGGGACCAGCCUGUGCAGGGGGCAUCGCGUCAGUGGCCGUCAUCUGCGCAUACGGACGUCGCAGGUAACCCACCAGAGACGCCUUUUGAGGAGCUCCAGCGUAGUGGGGUUUCUUCCGAAUCGUACCAGGAUCCUGUCUCGUUAGGAACAGCAUCUGGCAGAGACGGGUCUACCGCUAACAUCAUGCCGGAGCUACCUGCGCAAUUUCUGAAUAUCCCGGACCUCUUCGACACAGACCUGCUCAGUGGUUUGUCUCAAGACUUUGGGCUUGGACAGAAUUUCUAUCCUGAUCUGAUAGAAAGCUAG